UGUGUCUUUCAAGUUUUAGUGCUUUCACCAUUUGAAAAUAUGAUAAGACAACUAAUGUUUGCAAUAUAGAGCACUUUCACUUUCCCCCCUAUAUAACUCUUUGGGAUUUCUACCCAUGAACUCAACUCAAAUUCAUUCGAAGACGACAACGAUGAAGGCUUCAAUGAAAAUGAACUGCGUUCUGUGUUUGGUUGCAAUUAUAGGAGUUGCAUUUAUAACCGUCGAAGGAACCGGAGGACCCUGUUGGAAAUCUACACCUGAUAACGAAGCAAUGAAGCUAGCACCGUGUGCUUCCGCUGCUAAAGAUGAGAAUGCAGCCGUCCCAGAGAGUUGCUGCUACCAGGUCAAAGUAAUUGGGCACAACCCAAGUUGCCUUUGUGCGGUUUUUCUCUCUGAUACCGCCAAGAACUCUGGUUAUGACCCGAAAAUUGCAUUGACCAUUCCGAAGCGCUGCAACUUUGCUCAUCGACCCAUUGGCUACAAAUGUGGACCAUACACUCUCCCAUGAAGGAAGGUAAAGAAUAUUAUGGGACAUGACUAGCUAGCUACUCGUUUCACAGUUAUAGCAGGCUAGCAUGAUAUAUAUAUUUGUUUCUGUCUAUGUUAUCUUGAAUAACCUUGCGUAUGUAAUCAUAUCCUUGAAUAAAACUGGCUUUGUCAUCUUUGCAAAGAAAGUUGACCUGUUACAAAACAUUAAAUGAAAUAAAAACAUCAAAGAGUUAAAUCAUCCUAAGACCAU